UGUGUUUAUCAUAGUGUUGAGUAUCGGGAGAAUCACACAAGAGGAGCUGGACACUUUGGACCUCAUAGAGACAACCUUUGGUCCACGGGCAGGAAUGUUCUGCUUAGUUCUGUUUACUAGAGGAGAUGACUUGGAAAAUGAAUCAAUUCAAGAUUACAUUGGGAACAGCAAGAUUGCCAACUGAAAAAAACUGAUCAGAGAUUGUGGAGACAGAUUCCAUGUCUUCAACAACAAAGACAAAACUAACCACACACAGGUCACUGAGCUUCUUAAGAAGAUUAACAAAAUGGUGUCCAUGAACAAGGGCAGUUUCUACACCAAUGACAUGUUCCAGGAGGCAGAGGCAGCCAUUAAACAAAAACAGGAAGCAAUACUGAAGGAGAGAGAGAUGGAGAUAAAGGCUCACAUGGAGAAACUGAAGGUCAACCAUGAAACAGACAUGGAAAAGAUGAAGUCAAAGUUGGAAGAGGAGAGAUUGAAAGUUCAGGAGGAAAGACAGCUUAGAGAAAAAAUGUUGAGAGAGAGAGAGGAAGCUAUUAGAAAAGAGCAUGAAGACAAGGAGAAAGCAGAGAAGGAAGGAAGAGAGUUGGAGGACAAAAAAAGGAAAGAAGAUGAAAAGUUGAAAAAAGAAAUAUGGGACACAGAAAAAGAGAAGAUGGAAAAAGAGAUUAAAACUCACGAAAUAAAGUUGAAAACCCUCCAAAGAGAAAAGGAAGAAGAAUAUAACAUGAGGAUGGAAAAACUGAGAAAAGAAGAGAAAGACAGAGAAGAACAGCUUCAAAAUCAAGAAAGGAAGUUUGAUCAACUAAAAUUGGAAACAGGAGGAAGAAAUUAA